GGGAAACAGACACAGGUUUCACCAUUAAAAGCCCUUGGUAUGGGUUUAUCUAUCCUUCUGCCCCAAAUCACAAACUUUGUCUUAGUUCAAACAUGGGCGUGCCCAGCGGUACCUGUAAAGAGUUUAAAGGUUUUGACCUGGCUGGUGUUUGUAUGUGGUCAGACAUGUGUCCUUCACCAGAUGUCAACGUGGUUCAGACUGUUCAG